AAAAUCAGGGCGGUUUGGCCCACACGCCUUUUCCAUCGCGUCCGGUGAGAUACUAAUAUCGAGAUGGAGCCCGCGAAAUGUGUCAGGCUGGUCUCCUUAUCUGUAGACGUCGCAUCGCAUCACGUCAUUUUUCCAUCUCAGACUUCUUUUUUUCUGCUGCCUUUGACAUUUUGAUACAACUCGAAUAGGAGGAGAUUGGUCUUUUCUAUUGAGAUACCCAUAUUGUUGUUUCUAGACUCUAUCUCGGUCUUGUUUCUUUCAAUUAUUCUCUCCUUCAGUCUUUGCCGCAGCCCGCCCAGCCAUGGUCGCAGCCAUCCUUUCCACCUCCUUUCCCCAGACGUCUUCAGCCACAGCAGUCAUCGUGCCGACCAAACCCAAUGCUUUGACUGUCUCUUUCAAGCAACUGGCGCAGGAUAUCUUGGUCUUUCAGAAGCAACUGGCUCAGCUGGGCAUACGACAUGCCGACGCCGUCUCAAUAGCCUUGCCCAACAGCUACGAGUUCAUCGUUUCUUUUCUUGCAACCGCCUUCCAGCGAGCAAUUGCCGCCCCUCUGAACCCUACCUACAAGCAAAGCGAGUUUGAGUUCUACAUCGAAGAUCUAUCUUCGGCGGCGAUCAUAUUGCCUCGUGGAGCAUAUGCUAGGGACGGACCUGCAGUCAAGGCUGCCAGGAAAUAUCAUGCUGCCAUUGCGGAAUGUUACGUGGAUGGAACGAAGUUGAUACUGGACGUGAAAGAGCAGGGCAAACUGGCACAGAGGCAAUCUCAACCUGUCGCUCAGGCUCAGCCAGAGGAUGUCGCGCUGGUGCUGCAUACCAGCGGGACCACCGGCCGCCCGAAAGCUGUCCCGUUGACGCAUCGCAACCUGACAAGAACAAUGCAGAACAUUCAAAACACUUACGAACUUACGGCUCAAGAUCGGACGAUGUUGGUUAUGCCUCUAUUCCACGUCCAUGGUCUUCUAGCUGGGUUUCUAGCUCCCCUGGGUGCUGGUGGAUCUGCCAUUGUUCCCGACCACUUCUCAGCACGAUCUUUCUGGGUCGACUUUAUACAGCACAAAGCGAAUUGGUACACGGCCGUGCCGACGAUUCAUCAGAUUUUGCUGAAGAGCCCUCCCCCAAAUCCAAUGCCCAAGAUCAGGUUCAUCCGCUCAUGCUCAUCUGCAUUGUCCCCGAAAACUUUUAGGGAGCUUGAACGGACAUAUCGAGCGCCAGUGCUCGAAGCCUAUGCCAUGACGGAGGCAGCCCACCAGAUGUGCUCCAACGAGUUGCCGCAUCGCGGAAAGCGAAAGCCCGGCAGUGUGGGAAUCGGCCAGGGAGUUGAAGUCAAGAUUCUUGACGAGCAAGGCGACGAAGUGCCCCAAGGCCAGGAAGGUGAAAUCUGUAUAAAGGGCGAGAACGUCACAAAAGGCUACAUCAACAACGAGAAGGCAACCCAAGAAGCAUUCACUAAAGGGGGAUUCUUCCGCACUGGCGAUCAGGGCAAGAAAGACGAAGAUGGCUAUGUCUUCAUCACAGGCAGGAUCAAAGAGCUGAUCAACAGAGGGGGUGAAAAGAUCAGCCCGAUUGAGCUAGACCAUGUGAUUUCUGCCAACCCAGACGUGGCGGAAGGUGUCACUUUUGGCAUACCUUCAGAACUAUACGGUCAGGAAAUCGGAGUGGCACUUGUCCCUAAGCCCGGGAAGAAGGUUACUGAGAAGGGCAUCACGGAUUACGUUGCCAGCAAGACGGCCAAGUUCAAAAAGCCGAGCAGGGUUUGGAUCUUGAAAGAGAUACCCAAGACAGCCACUGGGAAGAUACAACGAAGGAAGGUUGCAGCUGCUCUUCUGGCCAAAGACCAGCCUAGAGCGAUGCUAUAGAUGGAUUGUCGGGUCCGACCGGGGACGUUAAUACCUGACUGUACAGGAAGACACAUGGAUAUCCAGCAUGGCGUUGUCCAAAAGAGGGGAAAGACGAUCGUGAACGGCUAGAGUCAAUCAUGUGGGCGUCGAGGCGUGUAGCAGGUCUCCUAAGAAUUUUCGUAGGCUGAGCUCCAAGAUGGGUGAAUGUUUUCGCGCACUGUUGGAAAGGAGCUGACGAUUGAGGAGGAAGGAGCUGGGGAAAUGAAGCGAGAUGAAGCUGCACGUCGGGGUUGGGGCCCCGGAGAGCUGUGUGACAGGGCGAUGCUUGAAAGGUGCGGUUUCCGAUGCGUGAUGAGUCGAGGCAGACAACGGAAGCAGCAGAGGUGGUUAGAAAGAUAGAUAAUAAAGCGAGCGAGAAGGCUGAAGCCUCCUGCUCCCCGCAGAUUGGCGACCCCCGUUUCUGGCAAUUGAC